AGAGGCUGUGAGAAACAUCCUGCACCCAGGUCCUCUCUAUCUGUUUAUCAUUGUCUAUUUUGUAUUCUGCAUUCAGAACCAAGAGCCUGAAGACGACCCAGGAGCUUUAGCUAUGGCUGUCUUCAUUAUUUUGUCCCUGUUUAGUGUUCUGGUGACAGGCAUGGGUGAAGGUGGGGCUGGGAGUGAGAAAGGAGGUGAGAGGGAAUGUAAGCUGAACCAGCUUCCCCAUUGCCCCUCCAUAUCUCCCAGUGCCCAGCCUUGGACACACCCUGGCCAGAGCCAGCUGUUUGCAGACCUGAGCCGAGAGGAGCUGACGGCUGUGAUGCGCUUUCUGACCCAGCAGCUGGGGCCAGGGCUGGUGGAUGCAGCCCAGGCCCAGCCCUCGGACAACUAUGUCUUCUCAGUGGAGUUGCAGCUGCCUCCCAAGGCUGCAGCCCUGGCUCACUUGGACAGGGGGAGCCCCCCACCUGCCCGGGAGGCACUGGCCAUCGUCUUAUUUGGCAGGCAACCCCAGCCCAACGUGAGUGAGCUGGUGGUGGGGCCACUGCCUCACCCCUCCUACAUGCGGGACGUGACCGUGGAGCGUCAUGGAGGCCCCCUGCCCUAUCACCGACGCCCCAUGUUGUUCCAAGAGUACCUGGACAUAGACCAGAUGAUCUUCGACAGAGAGCUGCCCCAGGCUUCUGGGCUUCUCUACCACUGUUGCUUCUACAAGCGCCGGGGACGGAACCUGGUGACAAUGACCACGGCUCCCCGUGGUCUGCAAUCAGGGGACCGGGCCACCUGGUUUGGCCUCUACUACAACAUCUCGGGGGCUGGGUUCUUCCUGCACUACGUGGGCUUGGAGCUGCUAGUGAACCACAAGGCCCUGGACCCUGCCCGCUGGACCAUCCAGAAGGUGUUCUAUCAAGGCCGCUACUACGACAGCCUGGCCCAGCUGGAGGCCCAGUUUGAGGCCAGCCUGGUGAAUGUGGUGCUGAUCCCAGACAAUGGCACAGGUGGGUCCUGGUCCCUGAAGUCCCCUGUGCCCCUGGGUCCAGCUCCCCCUCUGCAGUUCCAUCCCCAAGGCCCCCGCUUCAGUGUCCAGGGAAGUCGAGUGGCCUCCUCACUGUGGACUUUCUCCUUUGGCCUCGGAGCAUUCAGUGGCCCAAGGAUCUUUGACGUUCGCUUCCAAGGGGAGAGGGUGGCCUAUGAAGUCAGUGUCCAGGCGGCCUUGGCCAUCUAUGGAGGCAAUUCUCCUUCUGCUCUACGAAGCCAGUACAUAGAUAGUGGCUUUGGCUUGGGCCACUUCUCCACGCCCCUGACCCAUGGGGUGUACUGCCCCUACCUGGCCACCUACGUGGACUGGCACUUCCUUUUUGAGUCCCAGGCGGCCAAGACAAUACGUGAUGCCUUUUGUAUAUUUGAACAGAACCAGGGCCUCCCCCUGCGGCGACACCACUCAGAUUUCUACUCCCAUUACUUUGGGGGCCUUUCGGAAACAGUGCUGGUCAUCAGAUCUGUGUCUACCGUGCUCAACUAUGACUAUGUGUGGGAUAUGGUCUUCCACCCUAAUGGGGCCAUAGAAAUCAGACUCCACACCACCGGCUACAUCAGCUCAGCAUUCCCCUUUGGUGCUGCCCAGAGGUAUGGAAACAAAGUUUCAGAGCACACCCUGGGCACGGUCCACACCCACAGCGCCCACUUCAAGGUGGACCUGGAUGUAGCAGGACUAGAGAACUGGGUCUGGGCCGAGGAUAUGGCCUUUGUCCCCAUGGCUGUGCCCUGGAGCCCUGAGCACCAGAUGCAGAGGAUGGAGGUGACCCGGAAGCUGCUGGAGCAAGAGGAGCAAGCCACCUUCCCCAUGGGAGGCGCCACCCCUCGCUACCUGUACCUGGCCAGCAACCACAGCAACAAGUGGGGUCACCCCCGGGGCUACCGCAUCCAGGUGCGCAGCUUUUCUGGGGAGCCACUGCCCCAGAACAGCUCCGUGGAGAGAGGCUUCAGCUGGGGGAGGUACCAGCUGGCGGUAACCCAGCGGAAGGAGGAGGAACCUAGUAGCACCAGCAUCUACAAUUUGAAUGAUCCUUGGACACCCACUGUGGACUUCACUGACUUCAUCAACAAUGAGACCAUUGCAGGGCAGGACUUGGUGGCCUGGGUGACAGCUGGUUUUCUGCAUAUCCCACAUGCAGAGGACAUUCCUAACACGGUGACUGUGGGGAACGGCGUGGGCUUCUUCCUCCGACCCUAUAACUUCUUUGACGAAGACCCCUCCUUCUACUCUGCCGACUCCAUCUACUUCCGAGGGGACCAGGAUGCUGGGGCCUGCGAGGUCAACCCCCUGGCUUGCCUGCCCCAGGCUGCUGCCUGUGCCCCCGACCUCCCUGCCUUCUCCCACAGGGGCUUCUCUCACAACUAGGCGGUCCUGGGAUGGGGCAUGUGGCCAAGGGCUCCAGGGCCAGGGUGUGAGGGAUGAGGAGCAGCUGGGCACUGGGCCGGCAGCCUGGUUCGCUCUUCCCUGUGCCAGGACUCUCUUCCCUCCACUGCCCUCCUUCGCAUCCCCCUCUGAGCCAGGAGCCUCCUGACCCUGUGAUGCCUGACACAGGGGACAGUCAGCUUUGUUGAUGCCAGCUGUGCUGAGUUCCCAUCCAGAGAGGUGAGGCAUGGCCCAGCCUGGAGCCGUGGCUAAGCAUUUCCCCAGACCACUCCUGGUUUUCUUAACAGUUUGUUUUUUUUAAUGAGACAAAAUUCACAUACCAUAAAAUUCAUCCCUUUGAAGUAUACAAUUUCAGCCGGGUGCAGUGGCUCACGCCUAUAAUCCCAGCACUUUGGGAGGCCAAGGCGGGUGGAUCACGACUUCAGGAGAUUGAGACCAUCCUGGCUAACACGGUGAAACCCCGUCUCUACUAAAAAUACAAAAACAAAAUUAGCCAGGUGUGGUGGUGGGCGCCUUUAGUCCCAGCUACUUGGGAGGCUGAGGCAGGAGAAUGGCGUGAACCCAGGAGGCAGAGCUUGCAGUGAGCCGAGAUCGCGCCACUGCACUCCAGCCUGGGCGGGAGAGUGAGACUUCGUCUCAAAAUAAAAUAAAAUAAAAUAAAACAAAAUAUACAAUGUCAUGAUUUUUUUUUUUCUGAGACAGAGUUUCGCUCUUGUUGCCUAGGCUGGAGUGCAAUGGUGCGUUCUCAGCUUACUGCAACCUCUGCCUCCUCAGUUCAAGUGAUUCUCCUGCCUCAGCCUCCCGAGUAGCUAAGAUUACAGGUGCCCACCACCACGCCUGGCUAAUUUUUUGUUUUUUGCUUUGUAUUUUUAGUAGAGAUGGGGUUUCACCAUGUUGGCCAGGCUGGUCUCAAUCUCCUGACCUCAGGUGAUCCACCUGACUCGGCCUCCCAAAGUGCUGGGAUUACAGGCAUGAGCCACUGUGCCUGACCCAAUUUCAUGUUUUUUAGUAUACCCACAAAGUUUUGCAACCAUUGCCACUAAUUCCAGAACAUUUUUUAUCACCCCAGAAGGAAACCCUGUAUGUGUUAGCAGUCACUUUCUAUUUCCCCUCAAUCCCUCUCCGUUUCUAGAUAACCACUUCCCUACUUUCUGUCCCACUGGGCUUGCCUGUAUUCUGGCAUGAAAAGAUUCAAACAAUACGUUGUCUUCUGUGAUUGGCUUCUUUCACUUAGCGUAAUGUUUGUGAGAUACAUCCAUGUUGUAGUGUAUGUCAGUGCCUCACUUCUUCAUGGUUAAAUGAUAUCUCAUUGUAUCAAUAUAUCUCAUUGUGAUUAUCCAUUCAUCCAUUGGUGGGUAUUUGAGUUGUUUCCACUUUUUUGGUCAUUAUAGAUAAUGCUGUU